AUGGCUCCAAGAACACCCAGCUUCCUCAACAAACUUGAAACUGUUUUGUACACAUCAACUACAAGAACCAGGAGAGAAAAGUAUUGUUUCCAAGAACCAGGAGAGAAAAGCAUCAUCUCCAAGAACCAGGAGAGAAAAGCAUCAUCUCCAAGAACCAGGAGAGAAAAGCAUUGUCUCAAGAACCAGGAGAGAAAAGCAUCAUCUCCAAGAACCAUUAGAGAAAAGCAUUGUCUCAAGAACCCGGAGAGAAAAGCAUCGGCUCAAGAACCAGGAGAGAAAAGCAUCGUCUCCAAGAACCAGGAGAGAAAAGCAUCGUCUCCAAGAACCAGGAGAGAAAAGCAUCAUCUCCAAGAACCAUUAGAGAAAAGCAUUGUCUCAAGAACCCGGAGAGAAAAGCAUCGGCUCAAGAACCAGGAGAGAAAAGCAUCGUCUCCAAGAACCAGGAGAGAAAAGCAUCGUCUCCAAGAACCAGGAGAGAAAAGUAUCGUCUCAAGAACCAAGAGAGAAAAGCAUCGUCUCCAAGAACCAGGAGAGAAAGCAAUCAUCUCAGAUUACCAAGAGAGCAAAAACAUCCGUCUCCAAGAACCAGGAGAGAAAGUAAUAGCCCUCCUUAUAAGGUAUAAGGAGCGAAAACGGUUGUUCAGGUCUCCAAUGGCGGGACACUCCACAAGCAAGUGCCAUACUGUCAAGGGAACUAAGCAGUCAUCAUAA